AAGAUUUCGGAAUAACCACGUGUGCAUAAACAACGACAAGCUUUCUCUUAUUAUUAUUUUUUUUUUUAUUUGUCGUUAACAUUGCUUUUUUCAAAUAUAACACGUAUUAAUUUAAUUGUCGUUAGAAUUUAAAAAAAAACCAAAGUUCCGCUCGAAAGACACUGUGUUUUAAUUGAUGAAGGAAAUAAAAAAUAUUAUUCGUAAUGUUUAUUCUAGAUAAACGACGAGAAGACCAUGUAUGCUGGUGUAUGCGCUGCUGCACCGGAUCGAUUUAGAAUGCGCAAAUCGUAGAGAACCUAAUUUUCAAAUAAUCGGAAGUAUGUGAAUGAUGUUUGUAAAAAAAAUUUGAAAUGAUAAGAGUGUGCAGUUUGCGGAUUCUUUUAACAUCCCAAUAUUAAGAAUAAAGCUCGAUUAAAUAAAUGGAUUAUUAGAAAGAAGAAUGCACGUUUCGUUUUGGUUUAAUGAACAUGCCGUCGGGGAGAUAUUAGGAUUUCUCUGACAGAGCUUUAGUAUGAUUGAAAAUGUGACAGAGCUUAAUAAUAUCAAUCCUUAGGCGAUAUUUUAACUAAUACGAAAGAAUUAGUAGCAAUGAAUCGUGAAAUUUAUCAUCGAUCAAUUCUGUACAACGCUUAUACUUGAAGAAUUAAUAAUCAAAGGAGAUUCAUUAGGAAGAUCCUGAGGAACAUGUUCUUCUUAUAUACAGGGUGACUCACUUAUACAUGCCUAUCGACAGAAAUAAUGUAACCAAUGCUGGGAACAACCAACUAAUAUUAUCUAAUACAGUUGCAAGUGGUACAAACAGAAGUAUUUUAGAUUUAUCAGAAUUCAGUGAUGCUGAACUGGCUGGUUAUAGAUUACGUUGCGGAGUUUGGAUUACAUUUGUAUUGGCGACAGGAUUUGUCAUAGCAGCAAAAUUUUCUUUUGGCCAUGAGACUACUUACACGGACAAAGGUAAAAAGCCUGUUGGUGGAAAAUUUUUAAGUUUUGACCAUGUAAAAUUCUGGGUUGGAAAUGCAAAACAGGCGGCUAGCUUUUAUUGCGCAAGGAUGGGAUUUGAACCGUUUGGUUAUCGUGGUUUAGAAACUGGCUCAAGACAUAUAGUAGCACAUGCUGUUAAACAGGAUCAGAUAAUAUUUGUUUUUGAAUCAGCCUACGAGCCUGGAAAUGAAGAAAUGGGGAAUCACCUUUCUCAGCACGGUGAUGGUGUUCGAGAUAUUGCUUUCAAAGUCGAAGAUAUCGAUACUAUCGUUAGGGUAGCAAAACAAAAGGGUGCAAAAAUUAUAAAAGACAUAUGGGAAGAAAAAGAUGAGUUUGGUAUUAUUAGACUAGCCACGUUGCAAACGUAUGGAGACACCCAUCAUACUUUGAUUGACAGAAGUAAAUACGAAGGAUUCUUUCUACCUGGAUUUGUAAAAGCCUCAGAAGACAUACUUAUUAAACAUUUGCCAGCAAUUCAUUUAAAAUUUAUAGAUCACAUUGUAGGAAAUCAAGCUGAUAAACAAAUGGAACCUGUAGCUAAAUGGUAUGAAGAAUGCUUACAGUUUCAUAGAUUUUGGUCAGUAGAUGAUACUCAAUUACAUACCCAAUAUUCUUCAUUACGUUCUAUCGUUAUGACUAAUUGGGAAGAAACUGUUAAAAUGCCAAUUAAUGAACCAGCACCUGGUAAGAAACGUUCUCAAAUUCAAGAAUAUGUUGAAUAUUAUGGCGAUGCUGGUGUACAACAUAUAGCUUUGAAUACUAAUAACAUAAUUACAAGCAUACAAAAUUUACGAAAAAGAGGUAUGGAAUUUCUUGAUGUUCCUGAUAAUUAUUAUGAUAUGCUGAAGAACCGUUUGAACAGUAGCAAAGUCAAAAUUAUAGAAGAUUUGAAAAUAUUACAGGAAUUAAAAAUUUUAAUUGACUAUGAUGAAAAUGGUUAUCUAUUACAAAUCUUUACUAAGAAUAUGCAAGAUCGACCGACUCUCUUUAUAGAAGUUAUCCAAAGGCAUAAUCAUAAUGGGUUUGGUGCUGGAAAUUUCCAAGCUCUGUUUGAAGCAAUCGAACUUGAACAAGCUAAGCGUGGCAAUCUGUAAUAUAUAUUGUGGAAAAUGUUAUUGCAUCGAUAAAUAACAAUAAGAUUAUUAUAAUAUAACAUUUUAAGUGUUAUUACAUAAUAUAUUUUACAAUAGAUCAUUUAUAUUAUUUUGUACAAGUGCAAGCAUGUAUGCAUGUAUUGUACAUCUUACUUUCCAUAUAUUACAUAUUCAUAAAUUCCUGUUAACCAAUUAUGCCGUUAAUCAUAAUAUGCAAUUGUAAAUAAAAUUGAAAUAAAAAAAGUAAUAUAUAAUCAAGCAAUCGGUCCUAUAUGUUAAUCUAUUAAUUUCAUUAAUAUAUGUAUAUGUAAUUUAUAAAAGUAGAAAGCAUUAGAAAAAGAAAUAUAUUUUUUGUAUAAUUUUAAUGACAUAUACAAUGUAUUAUAUCACUAUUGCGUUAAGUGUUCUAUUAAGAAACAUUUCUUUUGUUAAUAGUAGCAUAAUAUUAUCAGUAAUAUUAGACAACGAAAAUAAAAGGAAAUUGAAGAAAACAACAA